AUGAGCAUCAGCACAUUCAAUUUUCAGUUCUACAAUUACAAACUGCCUGCUGCAAUGCCGCAGUUCACAAGCGCCGCCAGCUUCAGCGAGCUCGAAAUGGACAUCGACGAGGAGGAACUGGAGCAACCACAACCGGAACAGGAAAUGUCAAAGCCAGCAAUUACAUCCACGCCACUGCCGACAGUUAAACAGCCGCUGGUGCUGUCUACGCCCAGAUACACCAGCGAGCUAUCUUUGGCCAUCAGCACGCCAGAUGUGAGCAACUCACGGCCAUCGGAUGCACUGCGUCCACAGCUACAUCGGCCACAGAAACGCUGGUCGAUGGAACUGCGUGAGAAAGUGCUGGAAAUGUCCAAGCGCAAUAAUGCCUCCGACGAGCCGGAACAGCAGCAAAAAACAGGCACUGGCAACUUGCAGCAGCGAUUUAUGCAACAGCUUGAGGCAGAUAGUAGUGCCACAGAAAUCUCUCGUACUGUUAGUGACAAAAUCAACUUUUUCAACAAGCUCACCAAUACCUAUGAAUCAGCCAGGAACUCCAACAACAACAACAAUAACAACAAUCGCUUCAUUUCGCUCCUGCGUGCCACACGCUCCAUGGACGUGGCAACAACCGGUGGCGCUGGCCAUGGUCCAGUGCCGCCACCAAAGCCCAAGCGCUUAAUAGCCACCAACAGUACAACCGCAACAGCACCAGCAACAACAACCACAAGCGUGCCCCAUCAGUUUGCCACACCAAAUGCCAAGGCGACGCAGGCCUACAACAACAACGUAACGCAACGGAAAAGUUCGCUUCGCCGCAAGCCAUCCAUGGAGAAAUCUCGUGCCACCAUCGCCCGCCAGAAUUCCAGUGCAACAUUACGUCCGCAACGCCAUGCCCUGAUGGAGGAUCUGAGUCUGGUGGUACCGGUGAGGCUACGCAUUGCUGAGUACGAGCAGCGCAUCUCGAUGAGUGCCUAGCUAUGCAAAAAGGGGAAUGCAACCACCCAAAGAACCCAACCCACUCCAAUCUAG